GAAACUUUUCAGAUGUGCUCCUUGGGGCUGCUGGGGUGUAGUACUCCCAGAUCAAAACCAACCCUGUUACUCCUGAGAAAACCGCUCUUUCGGUCUCAGCCCUGGGCAGGCCAGGUCUUCAUGCUGCUGUGGGUGUCAGUGCUGGUCCUGGCUCCUAUCAGUGGACAAUUUGCAGCUGUAUCCAAACCCGUGAUUUCUCUCCAACCUCCAUGGACUGUCCUCUUCCAAGGACAGGCGGUGACUCUGACUUGCCACGUAGCAGAGGACAAAAAAUGGUACCGGUGGUACCUUGGGACAAAAAUACUACGUGAAAUCCCAUCAAACACCCUCCAGGUCCAGGAUUCUGGAGAGUACAAAUGCGAGAUACAGGGCUUGCCCCAAAGUGAUGGUGUGAGCUUGACUUUUUCACCAGCUGAGCUGAUCCUGCAGGCUCCCCCGUCCGUGUUUGAAGGUGACUCUCUGACUCUGAUGUGCCGAGAAAAGCCAGGUUUAUCCCUGAAGACCAGGGCCCUGUACAAGAAUGACAAGAAGCUGAUAGACCUUGGUAAAAAAUCCAGCUUCCACAUCAACCACGCAGGUCUGAAGGAUAGUGGAGAAUAUCGCUGUAUUGGAUCUGGGACCCACUGUUGCGCUUCUUCUUCAGACGCAGUCAGAAUCCAAGUCCAAGAGCUGUUUCCACGACCCAUACUGAGGGCCAACCCCUCCUCACCCAAUCCGGGGGAACCAGUGAUCCUGACCUGUGAGACCCAGCUCGCCGCUCAGAAGUCAGAUGUCCGACUCUGGUUCCAGUUCUUCAGAGAUGACUGGCACUUGGGGUCAGGCUGGACGGGCUCUCUGAGAACCAUCGUGGGGAAGGAAGACCCAUCGCAUUACUGGUGUGAGGCAAAGGCAGUGUCUUCCAGGGUCCUCAAAAGCAGCCAGAAAGUCCAGCUGCCCGUGCGGAUCCCCGUGUCUCCUCCUCGCCUCACCCUCAGCCCUCCCGGCACCCAGGCUGUCGAAGGAGACCGGCUGACGCUUUCCUGUGAAGCCCAGACAGGCUCUUACCCGAUCGAGUACCAGUUUCUUCAUGAAGAAGUGGUUCUCAGGAAGACGAAGGUCACUUUUAGGGAAACGGCGACCUUCCAACUCUAUCUGAAGGCAGAGUACUCCGGGACCUACUUCUGCACCGCAGACAACGGCCUGGGUAUCCGGCGCAGCCAGCCGGUGUCCCUCUCUGUCACCGUCCCCGUGUCUCGUCCUGUCCUCACCCUCAGCCCUCCCGGACCCCGAGCUGUUGAGGGAGACCGGCUGAUGCUUUCCUGUCAAGCCCGGAGAGGUUCGCCCCGCAUCCUGUACCAGUUUUAUCGCGGAGACGUGCCCCUGGGGAGCAGCUCGGCACCCUCUGCUGGCGGGGCCUCCUUCACUGUUACUCUGAGUGCAGAGUACUCCGGGACCUACUUCUGCACGGCGGACAAUGGCUUUGGCCCCCAGCGCAGUGACCCCGAGAGCCUGUCUGUCACAGUCCCAGCGUCCCGCCCUGUCCUGACCCUCAGGGCGCCCAGGACCCGAGCCGUGGUGGGGGACAUGGUGGAGUUUCGCUGUGAGGCCCACAGGGGCUCUCCCCCGAUCCAGUACCGGUUUUACCACGAGGAUGUCAUCCUGGGGAGCAGCUGGGCCCCCUCUGGAGGAGGAGUGUCCUUCAACCUCUCUCUGACCGCAGAACAUUCUGGAAACUACUCCUGUGAGGCCGACAAUGGCCUGGGGGCCCAGCACAGCGAGGAGACCUCACUCAGUGUCACAGUCCCAGUGUCCCACCCCACCCUCACCCUCAGGGUGCCCAGGGCCCAGGCCGUGGUGGGGGAUGUAGUAGAGCUUCACUGUGAGGCCCAGAGCGGCUCUCCCCCGAUCCGGUACCGGUUUUACCACGAGGACAUCACCCUGGGGAGCAACUCGGCCCCCUCUGGAGGAGGAGCAUCCUUCAACCUCUCUCUGACCGAAGAACUUUCCGGAAACUACUCCUGUGAGGCCGACAAUGGCCUGGGGGCCCAGCGUAGCAAGACAGUGCCACUCAGCGUCACAGUCCCAGCGUCCCGCCCCAUCCUCACCCUCAGGGCACCUGGGACCCGGGCCAUGGUGGGGGACAUGCUGGAGCUUUGCUGUGAGGCCCAGAGCGGCUCUCCCCCUAUCCUGUACUGGUUUUACCAUGAGGACGUCAUCCUGGGGAGCAUCUCGGCCCCCUCUGGAGGAGGAGCAUCCUUCAACCUAUCUCUGACCGCAGAACGUUCUGGAAACUACUCCUGUGAGGCCGACAACGGCCUGGGGGCCCAGCGCAGCGAGGCAGUGACCCUCAGCGUCACAGGGCUGACAGGGAGCAGAAGUGGCCCUGUUGCCACAGGCGUGGCCGGGGGCCUGCUCAGCGUGGCGGGCCUCGUGGUCAUGGCUCUGCUGUUGUACUGCCGACUCCCCAGGAGAGCAGGAGGAAGGCUGACCUCUGACCCCUCCAGGAGCCCUUCAGACUCGGACCCCCAAGAGCCCACCUACUACAAUGUUCCAGGCUGGAUGGAGCUGCAGCCGGUGUACGGCAAUGUCAAUCCUAAAGCAGGAGACGUGAUGUACUCGGAAGUGCGGAUUCAGGAGGGGAACAGACAUGCAGCGGCUUCAAACUGCGCAUUCGGGCUCCUCCGGACCUACCUGCCCUCCCCUGGCCCGGCCACCAGCCGGCGGCCUUCCAGACCCCAGCACUCCUCGGUCAUCUACUCCCAGGUGAAGGUGGCGUCGCCCCCAGUCUCCACAGCUCCUCGAAGCUGAGUCCACACACCCUUCCCUGCACCCCAAGCCAUCCUGGGGUGGGGACGGGCAAGUAGGAAGGUCCGAACGGCUCCAGGCCCCGUCCUGCGACCUCUGCUGUCCGUGUGGCUGGAGCACGGGCCCCACAGGACAUCGCUGUUUCCCAAGUGACAGCCCAGAGCUCAUGGGCUUUUGCACAGUGGCUUCCACCCAGGGCCAUCUUGUCCCCUGGUUUCCUCAGUGGGCUUCAGCCACAGGUCCUGUUCGGAGUCCCACUCGCACAUACACCCUGAGCUCUCCUCAGUGGGACCUGCUCCUCGACCUCGUCUGCAGACACCUGUCCUCCCUGCAAACCCCUGCCCCCACAGACACCUGUCCUCUGUGGACACCUGUCAUCCCCACGGUCACCUACCUCCUCUGCGGACACCUCCCCCCCCACCUGCCCCUCACAAUGGCUUUCCUCAAUGGUCAUCAGCCUGGCAGGGCUACCACAGCACUUGGCCAAGUGGGACAGCACGGGACCCUGGGAACAGGCGCAGGCGGGCUGCAGACCUCCUCACCAUGGGGCUGUCCUCCGUGCCCCAGCUGCCUCAGACAGCAAGGUCAGCCCUGACGCCAGGACAGCUCCCCCCUGCACAGGGGCCGACACCCCUGCCCGAGCCAGUGGGUUCACAGCCCCUUCCCAUGUGCCCCCUGGUGUGGGCACAGGGACAUCCUCCCACCUGUCACCGGGAGGAGACGCGCGCUCCAAGUGUGGGCUGUUGUGACAGAGCCGGCUCCGAAGGUCAUGAGGACAGAGAAAGGCAGGCAGGGCCGGAGGCACUGGAGACGGGACAGCUUGCUGGGAGCCGUGGUCAGAUUCCAGGGCAAGAGGAAGACACAGGAGAAACUUUGGAGACAGGGAAAAUAGAAUGUGAACUGUAUAGUAUUGAUACCAUUGAAUAAUAAUCUGGUAUUGCUUUAAGAAUAUUUUUGAAAAUAUUUGAAAUACCUUGAAGUGAUUCAGUAAAAGUUUUUAAACGUG